AUGGCUGACGAGGAGCGCGGCCACGCCGGGUCGACGGAAGAAGGCCUCGCGCAUCCCUCGGGCGCCGCGCCGCACUCGCGCUACGGGUAUAGCGCUGCGUAUGGCUACGCCGCGGACAGGGCGCAGGUGUUUUGGGACCGCCUCUGCGGGAAGGGCCGUAGGAGGAUUGGGUGGAUUGAGAGCUUGCGGAAUAUCGCUACGGCUUCCCUGUUAAACCUCUUCUUGAUCUUCAUCCCUCUCGCAUGGGUAUCCCACUGGGAGAUGGUCAGUUGGGGACACGAUACCACCUUCGCGCUGUCCUUUCUUGCCAUCAUACCCCUCGAAUGCAUGUUCGACUGGGGAGGCGAGCAGAUGGCGAUAUACCUCGGGAAGGACCUCGGGGAUCUCCUGAUCAUCACGCUGAACAACGCGGUUGAAGCGGUCCUGGCAAUUAUCCUCUUGGCGAAAUGCGAGCUUCGUCUUCUGCAGUCCACUAUUGUUGGCGUCGUGAUUCUCCAUCUCCUACUCAUCCCGGGUACGGCGUUCCUGGUCGGUGGUCACAAUAUCCGCCACCAGACUCUGCAUCCGCACCACACCGACCUGAACCACUCGUUACUGAUGAUAGGCGUUCUCGCCACUAUGCUUCCUACGGCCUUUUUCGCUGCGUUAGACCGGGGUGCGAAUGCUGUGACCGCUGCCGGCUCGGAAACAGGUUCCAGUUUCGUCAACGACGUGACUCGUGGCGAAAUCCUCAAGAUGAGUCGUGGAAUUGCAAUCAUGCUCUUGGUAGUAUACGUCGCGUCUCGGAUGUACCUGCACAACCCUCCCGGCGACAACAACGCGCUCACCGUGCCACAUGACGCACCCCAGGAAAUCCACCACCAGGAGGUAGAGUUGCUCGAGGAAGAGCCUCUCGUGAACCCUUGGGCGUGCAUGAUCCUCCUGGUCAUCACCGUUGGGCUCAUGUCGGUAACUGCAGAGUUUCUUGUGGAGAGUAUCGACGAAGUGCGCGAGACGAGCGGAAUUCAGACCGAAUGGUUCGGCCUCGUCCUGCUGCCGAUCGUGUCCUUCUCGGCAGACGGCGUGGUCGCGAUCCUCUUCUUCUUCCAGUCCAUCUACGACCACCUCACGCACCGCGAGAUCCUCGUGCCGUCCAUGCUCGCGCGCGGCCGCGCGAUCGACCUCAGCAUCCAGUUCACGCUCUGGUGGAUGCCGGUACUCGUGUUACUUGGAUGGUGGACGGAGAAGCCAAUGCAUCUUCUCUUCGACUAUCUCGAGGUCGCGCUGCUGCUCGGGUCGUGCUUCUUGGUCAACUAUGUCACUGCGGAUGCCAAAACGAACUGGGUCGAGGGAUUGAUCAUGGUCGUAUUCUACUUCAUGAUUGCUCUCGUAACGUGGUUCUACCCCGGCCAGCCGGAAGUGGCGUUCAUGCUCAACUGCGAGGGCACCGUGGCGGAAGCUGUCGCGGCUGGGGACGAAGGCCAGGUAGAGCUCGUCAUUUCGAGCGCAGCGGCGCUCCUCAAACGCGCGCUGUAG